AUGACUCAAGACAAACCGAUAGUGGAAACAAUUUCCAACGCGGGGAAUCAGGUGACGAAUGCAUUGGGACAAUUCUGGCAACUUCUGACCUCGAAUCAGUCAAAAAGAGCUGAUCUUCUAUACUAUCUUGCCCAACAAAUUCAUCCUGUAGUUUCUCGUCUCGUUGAGCCAAUCGAAGAAACUGAUGCUGUUCGAAUUGCUGAAUCCCUUGUAUUAGACUCGUCUAAUUAUAAGAAAGCAGCAGCUGCUCAGGCAGUGGUGAGCGAGAGUGAAGAUUGUCUUCGGUCGGCAGCGAAGCUUCGAGUUUUCUGUAUCGAUCGAGUUGGACGAUAA